AUGGCGGAGAGGAGCAAGACCGCAGACACCGGCAGUGACCUGGGCAUCGAUGACGUUAUAACCGGGAAUCUAAGCAAGUAUUCUGCCGUUCCGCCAGGUUACUACGGGCAGCCCAAAAGGGGACAUCUUCUAUUCGACGCCUGCUUUGAAAGCGGCAACCUUGGACGUGUGGACCACAUCACUGAAUUUGAGUAUGACCUGUUCAUCAGGCCGGAUACGUGUAAUCCUCGUUUCCGAGUCUGGUUUAACUUCACCGUUGAAAACGUGAAAGAAUCUCAGAGGGUCAUUUUCAACAUUGUCAACUUCAGCAAGACCAAAAGCCUCUAUCGGGAUGGCAUGGCUCCGAUGGUUAAGUCCACGAGCAGGCCUAAAUGGCAAAGGCUGCCGCCCAAAAACGUGUAUUACUACCGCUGUCCUGAUCACAGGAAGAACUACGUCAUGUCUUUUGUUUUUUGCUUUGACCGGGAGGAGGAUGUGUACCAGUUUGCUUACUGCUACCCAUAUACCUACACUCGGCUCCAGCACUACCUUGAUAAUUUACAGAAGCGGGACAUGGACUACUUCUGCAGAGAGUGUCUGGGAUACAGCGUGCAACAACGGAAACUUGACCUCCUGACUGUAACCAACCCUGUAAAUCUUCGCCCUGGGGUAGAGCAGAAAGUAGUAUUUAUUACAGCUCGUGUCCACCCUGGAGAAACGCCAUCGUCUUUUGUGUGCCAAGGGAUCAUUGAUUUUCUUGUCAGCCCACACCCCAUUGCCAAAGUCCUGCGAGAUCACCUGGUCUUCAAGGUAGCACCUAUGCUUAAUCCAGAUGGAGUUUAUCUUGGCAAUUACCGGUGCUCUCUAAUGGGCUUUGAUUUAAAUCGGCAUUGGGUAGAUCCUUCUCCUUGGGCUCAUCCCACACUACAUGGUGCCAAGCAGCUCAUCGUUGAGAUGUACAACAAUCCGAAAAUUAGCCUCGAAUUCUACAUUGACAUCCAUGCUCACUCUACUAUGAUGAAUGGAUUUAUGUAUGGGAACAUUUUUGAAGAAGAGGAGAGGUUUCAGAGACAAGCUAUUUUCCCCAAGUUGCUCUGCCAGAAUGCGGAAGACUUCUCCUUUUCUAGUACCUCUUUCAAUCGAGAUGCUGUUAAGGCAGGGACAGGACGUAGUUUCCUUGGUGGCUUACUGGAUGACACCUCUUACUGCUACACACUGGAAGUCUCGUUCUAUAGUUAUAUUGUGGGGGGUACCACUUCUACAGUCCCAUAUACAGAAGAAGCCUAUAUGAAAUUAGGAAGGAACGUGGCCAGAACUUUCUUGGACUACUAUAGACUAAACACCAUUUCAGAGAGACCUUUGGCUCCAAUCUGCAGCACAUGGAAGGACAAAGCAUCCUCCUAUCGAUAUGGCUGCAGUCGGGGCCCAGGGAACAACCAAGCUGUCAGCAAGCCAGAAAAGAAAACCCACGCAAGUCCUAAGGAGAACAUUAACUCACCAUAA